ACUGUUGCUUUCCCCCACUGCCGAGUAACAGCGAGCGGUGAUUGGUUCGGCGCAGGUUCGCGCAACUUAUAAUAUAAGUCGGGUCCGCCGCCAAAAAAUUAUUCAGUCUCAGAAUACCGGUAACCGGACUCACUUGGUUUACUUCAAGUAUCUCAAAAGCUUCGAAGAUGGCUCCUAAAAGUGGCAAGGCUGCUGCUACCGCUGCUGCUAAGAAGGUCGAGAAGGUUGCCAAGAACAUUAGCAGCAAAGAUGACAAGAAGAUGAAGAAGAAGAAGAAGAGGAAGGAGAGUUACGCUACCUACAUUUACAAGGUGUUGAAGCAGGUCCACCCGGACACCGGCGUCUCGAGCAAGGCGAUGAGCGUUAUGAACAGCUUCGUCAACGAUAUCUUUGAGCGCAUUGCCGCUGAAGCCUCUCGACUUGUUCAGUACAACAAGAGGUCGACCAUCACAUCCCGGGAGAUCCAAACAGCCAUUCGGCUCCUUCUUCCUGGUGAACUCGCUAAACACGCCGUCAGCGAGGGUACUAAGGCUGUUACUAAGUACACCAGCGCUAAGUAAAUCUACAUGCUUCUACAAUUAAAAUGGUCCUUUUCAGGGCCACCCAAAAAAAGCAAUCGGCCCUUAUCAGGGCUACCAAAUAUUUAAAACGUACAUACCAACUGUUAUCAGCAUAUCGAUAAAAAAUUAAUAAAAAUGAAUAAUUAAAAACUUCCAAAUCACAAUAAAAAAAAUUCUACAUUAAUGUAUAUUUUAUUUUAUUAUUGAAAUAAAUAUUAUAGGUUGAUCAAAUAACUACUGCAACAUUUAUAUAAUCUGACAUCAACAAUUGUAUUUCGAAUAAUUAUAUAAGAACACAUAGUCAAUAUUAUAAUAUAUCGCCAUAAUCAAACACAAAAUUAUAUUUGCAAAUCGGAUCUAAACAAUUAAAAAGGAACUUCAUAUUUAUUAUUUUCAAUAUUUAAGUACACGGUUAAUUUAAAAAUGUGUGUUUUAACAUUAUACAUUGUUAAACAAUUAAACAUAUUUUAUGCAUACUGUUAGAUCCACUUUGCAUAACAAUCAUUAAAUUGUUUAUGUUCAGCAUUGCAUAAUCAGUUGAAAGAAAUAUAUCUACUGGUUGUCCGAAAGUAUUAGAAAAUACGAUGAGUAAGAAUUUUUUAUACGUAAAUAGUUUAGAAUCACAUGAGUAAAUUGAAUGUAUGUAAACCUAAACAUUCUUAUUACUGAUUUAUUCAAAUCCCAUAAGUAUGUUUGAUUAUAUACGUAAAAUUGUAAAAUUAGAGGAAGCAUAAAAUAAGGGAAAAAUGGGGAAAAUGAAAACUCACAAACAAUGUUGGGACUGAAAUCGUUUAAUAAUAAUGAAGUCUUUGUACAGAAAACAAUAGAAACGAACAUAAAUCAUUGCAAAUCACCAUCAUAUAUUAGCUUUUGAUGUGUAGUGCUAGUGCUACUAUUAUACGCUCGAUAGUUGCUAGAUUUACUUUUUUCUUUAGCGUGUGUGUCUGUAUGUGUAUAUCAUCGAUAGGUACGCAUUUUUAUUAUUAUCUCUCCACUUCUAUCGCAUUUGCUUUCAUCAAAACUUCGAACACGCUCGCGUACAUCGUAAACAAAAAACAGAACAACUUGUUUCUACAUAAGUUAUACAGAGCCUCGCACGGUUAUGAAGAACAAUUUUUUUCCUUGCUUUAUUUUCUCUUAAAACUGAUCGCUCGCGUUGGCGAAGAAACGUUGUGUCUUACGCGUAGUUUUCUUAUCAUUAGCAUAUCGCUUGGGAUUUUCAUCUGCGUAUAGUUGUCCGCAGGAUGGUAUUAUCCAUGUAUGUUUUUAAGAAUCUUCGCCUCUUGUGGCGACUUGAUUACCCAACGUUUUUUUUUCUUAAUCUUUACUCAAUAAUCAAUAAUAACUAUGCUCGCCAGUCGCAGUUAUCGAUUGGAGGCUUCGUGGGAGCUCGGCGAAAUUCGCUCUCUUAUUCGUCAUAAUUUUACCAUUUCGUUUAUCAAACAUAUUAUUAAUAUUUAAUAAUUAACAAAAUACAUUGUUCGAACGACGUCAGCUUUGAAAUAUAACAUAUACUUCUAAUAGUAAUGGAAUAAAAUCAAAAUACAAAUAAUCUAAAUAUUACAUUUUGAUUUCAUUGCAAAACUCUAUUGGAAGCUACAUUACUUAUUUAUUAUUUGACACCGGACAAAUAAUACAUUUUAACGAAUUCGCCGCACUCCACGCAUGGAGAUAGAAUAUAUUUAUAUUUUUUCAUAUAAUAUUUAUAUAUAUCGUGCUUUUUCUUAAUAUACCUCAAAUCAUCAUCGGUAUAUAAUACAGUAUCGACUAUAAUUUGUUUUCUUAUGACUUAGCCUAGAUAUCUAUCAAAUAUUUCUUUUAUGUAUGUACAAUAAGAAUGUGAAAAAAAGGGGGCAGGGUUGGUAAGUCUAUACGUAAAAGAUCUUUCUUAAAUGAAAAAAAAA